GUCCAGGUGUUCGGUGUGUGAUAUUGCAGAGAUCCGGACCGUUCUGGAGCUUUAUCAGUGAAUCUGCAUGACAUGGCCUAGCGGGAUCUGCUUUGUCUGCUAGCCGGGCUGCCCGUCGGACCUCUGGGAUGCCUUCUGUCCUUCCUCGGUCCCUCAUCUCCCGCAGAAUGAAGCGGGAACACCGUUAACAUGAAGAGUGACACACACGGGGCUGAUAAUCUGAGCGGAGUGUGUUUAUAAACCAAGAGUCGGGGAGAAGCUAGCAGUGAAGCUAGCAGUUAAAGCUAGCAGCUAGCUAGCUAGCAGCUAGCUCGGAUACCGGGUGUGUGAGCCAUGGCCGGGCUCAUCAAGAAGCAGAUCCUGAAGCAUCUCUCCAGGUUUGCUAAGAACUUGUCGCCGGACAAGAUCAACCUGAGCACGCUGAAGGGCGAGGGCCAGCUCACCAACCUGGAGCUGGACGAGGAGGUCCUCCAGAGUCUGCUGGACCUGCCCACCUGGCUCGCCAUCAACCGCGUGGAGUGCAACAAGGCCGCCAUCAGGAUACCAUGGACCAAGCUGAAGACUCAUCCAAUCUCUCUGACGCUGGAUAAAGUGGUGAUGGAGAUGAGCACCUGUGAUGAGCCACGCCCCCCCAACGGCCCGUCGCCCAUAGCAACCGCAUCCGGACAAAGUGAAUAUGGCUUCGCUGAGAAGGUGGUGGAGGGGAUGUCUCUGUCCAUCAACUCCAUCGUGAUCCGGAUCAGUGCCAAGGCCUUCAACGCCUCCUUUGAGCUGUCCCAGCUGCAGGUCUACAGCGUCAACACCAGCUGGAGCAUCAGCGACCUGCGCUUCACCCGCAUCCAGGACCCCCAGAGGGGCGAGAUCCUGACCUUCAAAGAGAUCAGCUGGCAGAUGAUCCGCAUCGAGGCGGACGCCAUCCAGAGCGCCGAACACGAGAUGCUGAGCGCCCCGAUCCGCCUCAUUACCAACCAGUCCAAGAUCAGGGUCACGCUGAAGAGACGGAUUAAGGACUGUAACGUGGUGGCCUCCAAGCUGAUCCUGAUCCUGGACGACCUGCUGUGGGUGCUGACCGACUCCCAGCUGAAGGCCAUGGUGCAGUACGCCAAGUCCCUCAGCGAAGCCAUGGAGAAGUCUGCUCAGCAGAGGAAGAGCAUGGCCACGGAGGACCAGGAGUCGUCGGCCCCGCCCUCGGCCCAGCAGGUUCGCACCCAGCAGGCGUCCUCCGCAGCGGACCAGAGCGCCUCCAUGGCCAAACUGUUCAGCGCCUACGACGUCUGUGAGACGUCUCACCACCUGCAGAUCACUCACCUCGACCUGCACAUCUGUGACGACAUCCACGCCAAGGACAAAGUGAUCAAUAAGAGGAUAACGGGUGGAGCCAUGCAGCUUUCCUUCAGCACCAUCACUCUGGACUACUACCCGUUCCAUAGAGCCGGUGACAGCUGCCUGCACUGGAUGCACUACAGCGAGGCGACUAAGACCAGAGAGGGCUGGGCCCGCAGCCUGCUGGACGAGUUCAAGGCCAACGUGGAGAUGUUGAAGAGCACGGUCCGGGACCAGCAGGGCCCGGCUCCGGCUCAGAGCUCCCCCCAGCACGUGUCCCUUAGGGACGAGGAGUUUGGGCCUGUAGCGGGUCAGGAGAGAGCAGGAGCAGGAGUAGGAGCAGGAGCAGGAGUAGGGCUUAGGGAGGCAGAAGGAGGACUCUCUCAGCCUCCGGCCCAGUGCUGCUGGUGCUUAGAGCCAGGUAAGAUCAACACCUCCUCCACCUCCUUCAGCCCCCCUCCCCCCCACAGCCCCAAGACCCAGCUCAUGUCCAGCUCUGUUGUUCUCAGGAUGGCCGACUUCAGCAUCUACCAGGUGUCAACAGCAGACCAGCGGCGCUCCAGCCCCAAAACCAUGAUCUCCUGCAAUAAGAAGUCUCUGUACCUCCCCCCGGAGAUGCCCGCCAUCCAUGUGGAGUUCACAGAGUACUACUUCCCCGACGGGAAGGACUACCCCAUCCCGUGUCCCAACCUCUACGCCCAGCUCAACGCCCUGCAGCUGGUCCUGGAUCCUCGCAGCCUGGUGUGGAUCAACCUCUUCGCCCUCGACCUCCGGCAGAGUCUGGAGCAGUUCAUGGAGAUCUACAAGCUCGACGACUUCCAGAAGCCUGAAGAACAUGUUGACAUCAAGGUGGACGGCCUCAUGCUGAAGCUGGUGAUCCCUACGGACCGGGACUCCUCCUGCCCCCCCGACCUGCCCCGCUCCGUCUCGGUGCAGACCUCAGAGAUGGUCGCCACCAACACGCGCCACCCGGCCAACUGCACGCGCUCCCACCUGGAGGCGCUGCUGCAGGCCUUUGAGGAGGAGCCCUUCUUCUCUCCUUCCUUCUCCUCCUUCCCUCGCUCCUCCUCCUCCUUACCCCUCCUCCAUCCCGUCUUCCAGCGCCACGCUCACGAACAAGACACCAAGCUGCACGAGAUCUACCGCGGCCUGGUGGCGCCCUCGCUGGGCACCGACGCCCUCAAGAUGCCGGCCGCCACCGACUUCUGGGCGCUGCACUUUGCCCAGUUCUGGGUGGACUAUGAGGGGUCCCGGGGGGGGAAGGGCCGGCCGCAGCCCUUCGUGGACUCCUUCCCGCUCACCGUGUGGGCGACUCAGCCCGCCAAGAUCGUCCAGCACCAGGAGAAGCUGCGGAGCGGCGCCGGGAUGACCAGGAGCACGUCUGGAGAGGCCGUGGCCCGUCUGCAGAGGAAACGCUUACUAAAGGAGUUUUACAGUACGGAAGGAGUUCCUCCAUCAGUUACUCCUCCCAGUAACGGACUCCAUAAACCCCUCUCACUGGACAGUCUGCCUUCCUCCUCCUCCUCUUCAUCAGCAGCAAGUAAAGAUGCAGGUGUGCAUGUUUUGGUGCACGUGCAGAAGCAUUUAAGUGCUCAGGUGAGCCACCGGCAGUACGUGUUCCUGAUGCACCUGCAGCGCAGCAUCAAGGCCCUGCAGCAGACCCUGCAGCAGGACCUGGAGCAGAUGGGCUCCAAGAAGGACCGCAAGGAUCCUCAGCGCCCUGCAGACCACCAGCCCUUCACCGUCUGCCUGGGCCUCCUGCUGAAGAGCGCCGAGGUCUCCCUCCUCCUGAAGCCCGUCCCCCCACCAGAGGGCUCCAGGUCUCCUCUGGGCUCCGAGCUCUCCCCCUCAGAGAGCCGAGGAACCCUGGAGCCUGGCAGCGAUGCAGGAGAGGGGGGUGAAGGAGCUGGGUCUGAAGGAGGAGGAGCAGGAGGAGGAGCAGCCAGAGGGAGCUGCACCGUGGACCAGCUGCUCUGUAACGAGGUCUCUGAGGGCGGAGCCUCGCAGGGCCCCGCCCCUCUGCUCCCAAACUCUGCUGCUACACGCCCAGACCUGAACCACAAAGCCUCCCUGGAGGAGAGGACUCUGGCUAAGAGCUCUGGGAGGUGGAGUUCAGAAGAAGGAGGCGAGGCGGUGGUGGACGGGCUGGCAGGAGGAGAAGAUGCAGGAUUAGACUCUAAAACCCAGACCGGGGACCCGCUGACAGACUGGAGCGACAAAGACAAGACGGCAGCCGGCAAGAUGCCUCAGUCCAUCUCCAGUGGCCGUCUGAUGCGGGACCGCUCCCAGUCCAGUUUCUCUGUGUCCUAUAAGAACAUGAAGAAGAGUCCGUCCCUGCAGUCGCUGGACAACAUCUCCAUAGACAGCUACCUGAUGGAGGACGGAGACACCUACAGUCUGCUGGAAAGAGAUGACGUGUCCAUCUCAGGCUUUAAGGACGCCAUCAGCGAACAGAGCGCCACUGAGAGCGCCGCGGAGGCCGUGAUUGGCCCGGAGCAGGAGGGGGGCGUGUCCCCCGACACCAUCAGCGCCACCUCCCAGAGCAUCGACGACCCCACCAAAGAUCUAGUGUCGGUGCUGGUGCUGAAGGUGCAGGCGGUGUGUGUGGCGAUGGAGGCGGUGGGCGACAGCACGGCCGUGGCGCUGGAGGUGGGCCGGGUCACGCCCAGCCAGCUGGGCAACGUCAGCCUGAGGCAGUACCUCAGCACCCGCAGCCUGGGUAUGGUGUGUUCUGUACCAAUACCUGCUCAGAGCAGCUCAGCUGGCGCUGAGACCAGACCCGGUUCCUCCGGGAGCCUCCACGCUCCGGAGGUGCGUGCUCGCCUGGAGAGCGGUCCGUGCGCCGCCGCUCACUCCCCGCUGGCCGAGCGCAACGGCUUCCUGCAGCUGCGUCUCAGCGGCUACCACGCCAACUUCAUGAUGUCCACGCUGAGGAACCUGGCCCACUUCCUGGAGGACGACUCGGCGCCGCAGGUGUUACCCAUGGAGAUCAGCGUCACGGACACACACGUCAACCUCAAGGACGACGGUCCCCGUGACAACCCGUCCGACUCUGAGCCGUCCCCCAUCACGCUGCAUGUGGACAGUCUGGUGAUCCACCGAGGAGACGACGGCUCCUUCUCCAUCGGAGUGGAUUCAGCGGCGGAGGCCAAUCCCAGGAGAGGAGCCGUGAUGAUUGACAGCCCGCUGACUCCGGUCCCGGAGGUUGUGGGUGGAGUCAUCGGUGUACCGAAGGCUACUCAGACUCAAGCCCCGCCCACCAGCCCGCCUCCAUCCUCCAGAGAAAAGAUGCUGGUGGAGGAGAACGAGUGUCUGAAGGUGGAGCUGUCCCGAGCCAAGAUGGCGCUGGCGGAGGCUCAGAUGGAGAAGGACUCACUGCUGCACCGCAUGAAGACCCUUAGAGUCAGCCCCAGCUAGGACUGCUCCAUCAGCCCCAGCUAGGACUGCUCCAUCAGCCCCAGCUAAGACUGCUCCAUCAGCCCCAGCUAGGACUGCUCCAUCAGCCCCAGCUAAGACUGCUCCAUCAGCAGCACCAUCACAGCACCAACAAGCAGAGAAAAGAGGGAUUCCUUCACUCAAACGGCUCUUUAAGCGCUUCUUGUUGACUGAGCCACCAUGUGACUUCCUGCAGAAUAAUAAUUCCCUCAUAAAGCAACGCAGACGCAAAAAAAAUACAUGUUUUUACACGCUUGAGUCUGUUUUACACUUUGGACCGUGGAGGCUCGGAGAGAAGAAAGGGACUUUAAAUGGGACUAGAUUAGUGUUUGUGUGUGUGUGUGUGUGUGUGUGUGUGUGUGUGUGUGUGUGUGUGUGUGUGUGUGUGUGUGUGUGUGUGUGUGUGUGUGUGUGUGUGUGUGUGUGUGUGUGUGUGUGUGUGUGUGUGUGUGUGUGUGUGUGUGUGUGUGUGUGUGUGUGUGUGUGUGUGUGUGUGUGUGUGUGUGUGUGUGUGUGUGUGUGUGAGAGAAACAGAAUGAUAUCAUGGUUGUGCCUACAGAAAGCCCUUCCCACACUAUUCCUGUCGUGCGAGUUCUAAAAAGAGCAGAAGAAGAAGAAUCCCAGCUGACUCCAUUCAGUCCUGGUGGUAUGAAGGAAACACUGAAUGUUGAAUCUUCGGAGGAAUGUCUAAAAAAACCAACUUAUUUUGCACUGCACAGAAACAGAACUUGUAAUUUAGUGCUUUCAUAUUCCGAGGGGACGAGACUAAUCAUGCUCCCACUCGUCCCCAGCGUGUACAGUGUAUAUUGUAUGAGAAUGUGAACACAUGAUAUUUUCUCCAGAUCUCUGAAUGUUCUGCAGUGUUUUCAGUUGGAUCUGUGUGUUUGUCUCAGCCAGAACAAGCGUUUCAUUACUAGUAGAGGAUGAGUUUAUAUCUGUCAGCUCCACAGCUUUGUCAGCAGAAUACCCCCAUAAUAACAUGAUAAUAAUGCCCCGGCUCCUAUUUUUCUAUGUGUAAAUACUGAACAUGUGCAGCACUUUUAAAACUGAGGCACUGUAAAUAAAUACAACUGUGAGGAAACAAGAAACAGAAACAGAGAGAAAUGUACGUAGGUGUGUGCUCCCUUCUAGAAUAAAAAGGAGGAAAAUUAACGCACAUUGAAGCUGCCUGACUACAUACAUAUA